CGGUGGGUUUCCGGGGUCAAUUGUCACGUGACUAAUGUGUCCUUGGUUCUGUUCCCUGUGACAUGUGAGCAGCAUAAACAUGUCUCUUAUCAAAAAGCCUGGCGGAAAAGCUUUGGAUGUUUUACAGAAUUUACCUCGCAUCACUUUAGCAAACUUGCGACCCGAGCCGGGGUCAAAGCAAAAGGAAAAACGGCGAGGCAGGGGUCAGUAUGGAGGCAAUCGGAGCGGCCGCGGCCAUAAGGGAGAACGCCAGAGGGGAACUCGUCCUCGUCUGGGGUUCGAAGGAGGAGCGACUCCCUUCUACCUGAUUAUCCCGAAAUAUGGAUACAACGAAGGGCACAGCCGCCGGCCCCAGUACCAGCCCCUGUCUCUGAAGCGUCUGCAGUACCUGAUCGACGUGGGCCGCCUGGACCCGUCCCAGCCCAUAGACCUGACCCAGCUGGUCAAUGCCCGGGGGGUCACCGUCCAGCCCCAGAAGAGGGACUUCGGGGUCCAGCUCGUAGACGAGGGCGCUGAGCUCUUUUCAGCCAAGAUCAACAUCGAGGUCCAGCGGGCGUCGGAGGCAGCGAUCGCUGCCGUGGAGCGCAAUGGCGGGGUCCUCACCAACAGCUUCUAUGACCCCAUCAGCCUCGCGAUCCUCAUCAAGCCCGUGCCGUUCUUCCAGCGGGGGCAGCCCAUCCCCAAGCGCAUGCACCCGGGGGAGGAGAUGGUCCCGUUCUACAUGGACCCCUGCGCCCGCGGCUACCUCGCCCCCCCCGAGCAGGUCCAGCAGGCCCGGCUGGCCCUUGCCAAGAAGUACGGCUACGUCCUCCCUGACCUCUCCAGGGACGAGCUGUUCCACAUGCUGAGCUCCCGGAAGGACCCCAGGCAGAUCUUCUUCGGCCUGUCCCCCGGCUGGGUGGUCAACAUGGCCGACAGGAAGAUCCUCAAGCCCACCGACGAGAAACUCGUCCAGUACUACGGCUCCUAGAGGAGAGGCUGGGCCAAGGUGCGCUCGGCUUUUCUAUUACGGAAACCUGGUGGAAAUAUGAACAUUUUGCCUAACAGACCAACUCGAAGUUAUGACGAAACCUUUAUGGAUUACUGUUAUAAACUUGUCACAGUUCCCUGAUAAUCUCUUUGAGGAAUUAUUUCGUCAUUUUGUGAAAACUGGUCUGCUCCGGCAAUCGUCAUUCUGCCCAGAAACAAAGUUGGUCAAAACACAUGAUGACGUAGCUGAACUCAUGCAAUGUAAAGAUAAUAAUCCAGCUUCUCUGUAAAGUUUUGUUGUUUGAAUAAAUAUCAUUGUUAUA